GCUAGCUCCGCCCACGGCGCGAGGCUCCUCCACAUCCGGCGCAGCCCUGCGGGGUUUUGGGCUUUCUACCAUGUCGCUGUGCGAGCGAGCUGCUAGCGGGAGCGCUCUGCUCUGGCCUCGCGUGUUGCUCUUCGGGGACUCCAUCACGCAGUUUUCUUUCCAGCAGGGUGGAUGGGGCUCGUUGCUGGCUGACAGACUAGUCAGAAAGUGUGAUGUUCUGAAUCGUGGAUUUUCAGGUUAUAACACCAGAUGGGCCAAGAUUAUCCUCCCAAGACUUAUCAGGAAAGGGCCUGGGAUGGAAAACCCAGUGGCCGUUACAAUCUUCUUUGGUGCCAAUGACUCUUCACUCAAAGAUGAGAACCCCAAGCAGCACGUCCCCUUGGAUGAGUACAGCGCAAACCUGAGGGACAUGGUGCAGUACCUGAGGUCUGUGGACGUCCCCAGGGAGCGGGUCAUCCUUAUCACGCCACCCCCGCUCUGCGAAGCCGCCUGGGAGAAGGAGUGCGUCCUGAAGGCUGGUCAGCCUGGCUCCUGCCAUACCCCAGAUCCCUUCCCUAGCCUCUCAGGAAGAUGUGUGAUUCUCCCCCAGCCGGGCUUCCCCCACCAACUGGAUAUUCUGCUGGGAGGUAGGCAGGCAUGCAAUGAAUCUGUCCAUUUUGUCCUGGAAUCUGCAUUAAUGGACAGGCAUGGCUGUCACAUAGACUAGGAAAGCCUCAGAAUGGCUGAGCAUGUUCACAGGCACAGCCGAGUAGUAGUGCCUAGUGACUACAGUGGCUGUUGGCUGCAUGUUGACACUGGAGGUCUCAGUAGCAGUGUGUCUCUCUCUCUCAUGAUCUUGACAUUUCUUUCUAGCCAUGCCCUUCCUUGCCCUUUACCUACCUCACUGGGGUCUAUGCUCUAGCUGCUUAGCCUCAGUACCCUGACCAGGCCUGGUGCCUUAGGAGCCUCUGGCUGCUCCUUGGCUGUUCCUCCCCACGGUGCACUCCUGCCAUUGUUGCAUUGUUGUGCCAUUGUUGCAGCCCCUAUGCUGGCAUCAGUGGCAUCAGACGCUGUCCAGUCCAUGUGGCCUUCAAAAGGACCAGCACUAAGUUUGCCAGUGACCUCUGGAGUUUUCGC